CAAGGACCAGGUGGUCCAGUCGGACAAGUACCUACUUCCCAGCAGACUUCUGGGGGACCAAUGGGUCCCGGUCAAAUGGGUCCGAAUGGACCACAAACUUCAACGCACAUGAUGCAAACUGGCCCCGCUCAAAUGGGUUCCAACGGACCUGGACAGAUGGGUCCGGGAGGACCCGGACAAAUGGGUCCAACCCAUAUGGUGCAGGGUGGAGGUCCUCCUGGCGGACCUCACAUGGGACAAGGUGGGCCGGGACAAAUGGGCCCGGGUAGCGGACCAGGUCCUCAGAUGGGCGGCGGUGGUCCCCAAAGCUCGCAGAUGGUGCCCGGAGGACCUGGACAUAUGGGUGGACCUCCGAGUCAUAUGAAUGCGAGCGGGCCGCCGGGGCCGGGCCAUAUAAGUUCCGGUGGUCCGCCCGGACCUGGACACAUGGGUGGCGCGGGACCGACGGGUCACAUGACAGCCAGCGGACCCCCAGGAGCUGGACACAUGAACGCGAGCGGUCCCCCUGGACCGGGACACAUGAAUACCAGCGGUCCGCCUGGACCGGGUGGUCAUAUGAAUCCCGGUCAGCCUAUUCCAAGUCACAUGAAUGCGAGUGGUCCACCGGGAUCCACACAUAUGAAUGCGAGCGGUCCGGGAAGUCACAUGGGUCCCGGUGGGCCGGGCCAAAUGCCUGCGAGCGGCCCUGCAGGACACAAUAUGGGCCCUGGAGGUCCGAAUCAAAUGGGCCCUGGCGGUCCGAAUCAGAUGAUGCCGAACAAUCAAGGACAGAUGGGACCCAGCGGGCCGAUGGGCCCCGUCGGACCGACAGGACAAAUGGGACCGAACGGACCCGGACAGAUGGGUCAUAACGGGCCGUCGCAAAUGGGCCCGAACGGACCCACACAGAUGGGUAUGGGCGGUCCACCCGGACAAAUGGGCAUGAAUACACCGGGCGGGCAAAUGGGCCCCGGCGGGCCGACCAAUCAAAUGGGACCGGGAGGGCAAGGCAACCAAAUGGGACCAGGCGGGCCGGUGAGUCAAAUGGGACCAGGUGCACCAGGCAGUCAAAUGGGACCUGGAGGCGGUCCGGGUGGUCAAUUAGGGCCGAAUGGCCUUGGCCAAAUGGGCCCGGGAAGUGGCCCCGGAAAUGUAUCGAUGACGACAAGCAGCGGACCUGCUGUUUCUAUGGGUCCUGGAAGUGGACCCAAUGGACCUACCGGAGUAGGCGGAGGGAUCGGACCAGGCGGACAAAUGUCCUCGAACAGCGGAGGGCAAAUGGGUUCAGGGGGUCCUGGAAGCGGUUCUGCGGGACAGAUGGGUCCGGGAAACGGCCCGGGAGGGCAAAUGAAUGUGGGCAGCGGACCUGGCGGCCAGAUGGCGCCUGGAGGCGGACCCGGGGGACAAAUGGGACCGGGAAGCGGACAGAUGGGGCACGGCGGUAGCGGACCCGGCGGUCAGAUGGGCCCGGGAAGCGGGCCCGGCGGACAGAUGGGGCCAGGUGGCAGUCCAGGCGGUCAAAUGGGACCGGGAGGACAAAUGCCGUCUGGUGGUCCCGGACAGAUGAUGCAGGGGGGUCCGGGUGCUCAGAUGGGUCCGAAUAUUCCCAACAAUCAGCUGGGACCCGGUGGACCGAAUACGCAAAUGGGGCCGUGCGGUCCGAAUCAGAUCACCCAUGUAAACGCAAGCGGGCAAAUGGGACCUAAUGGGCCGACCGGUCAGCCUCCCACCACUCAGAUAGGCCCUAUUAACCAAAAUCAGGGCCAAGUGCUCGGCAGCACGGCGCCCAUGGGCGCAGGUGCUCCGGUAAAUCAGAUGAGUCAAACUGGAAGUGGACAAAUUGGACCUGCCGGACCUACCGGUCCCGCAGGACCUCCCGGACCCGGACAAGAGAAUCUCAACGCGCUCCAGAAAGCAAUCGACUCUAUGGAAGAGAAAGGGUUGCAGGAAGAUCCGCGAUACUCUCAGCUGUUAGCUUUAAGAGCUCGUCAGGGCAGCGGCAUGGGCGAGAAGCAAGCCUUUAAUUCGCAGCAAUUGCAACAAUUGCGAGCUCAGAUAAUGGUGUAUAGAUUACUGGCAAGAAAUCAACCGGUGCCUCAACAAGUCGCAUUAGCUGCACAAGGUGGCGCGCCUCCUCCUCCUGGGAUGGGUCAACGCCCCAUAGAUCCGUCACAAGGCCCUACUCCGACAGCUGGGCCGCAAAUACCAGGUCCGAAUGUUAUUGGUCCCGCAGGUGCACCUAGGCCGGGUUGUCAGACACCGCAACAGCAACAGCAGCAACCUCAGCCUGGUGCUAAGACUAACAGAGUGACAAGUGUGGCAAAACCUGCCGGAUUGGAUCCAUUGCUAAUAUUACAAGAACGUGAAAACAGAAUGCUUGUUUACAGGGUUGCAGCUCGCAUAUCGCUUAGGAUGGAGCAGCUUAGCAAUCUACCAACAAACAUGCCGGAAGAUCUUCGUAUUCAAGCCCAGAUUGAGUUGCGCAUGCUUAGAGUACUGAACUUCCAGAGACAAUUGAGAUCUGAGAUUAUAGCAUGCACCCGGAAGGAUACUACCUUAGAGACCGCAGUGAAUGUGAAAGCUUAUAAACGUACAAAACGACAAGGAUUGCGCGAAGCCAGAGCUACCGAGAAACUAGAAAAGCAACAGAAAUUGGAAGCAGAACGUAAACGGAGACAGAAACAUCAAGAGUUUCUCAGUUCCGUAUUACAGCAUGGCAAAGACUUCAAGGAAUUUCAUCGCAAUAACGUUGCAAAGUUGGCUAGACUUAACAAAGCUGUGCUUAAUUAUCACGCGAAUGCCGAGCGAGAGCAGAAGAAGGAACAAGAGCGCAUUGAGAAAGAGCGUAUGCGCCGUCUUAUGGCGGAAGACGAAGAAGGAUACAGAAAACUGAUCGAUCAAAAGAAAGACAAACGUUUGGCAUUCUUGCUAUCUCAAACCGAUGAGUAUAUCAGCAAUCUCACGGAAAUGGUAAAGCAGCAUAAAAUAGAGCAAAAGAGGAAGCAAGUCGAAGAGCAAAAGCGUAAGAAGAAGAAGAAGAAGCUGCAAGAUGGCGAGAAUGGCGAAGACGGCGGGGCCAACGACGACGCUCGUGUUGGUGUAAUAGAAACAGCCACGGGUCGCACAUUAACCGGCGACGAGGCGCCACUGAUGAGCCAGUUGUCAGCAUUCUUAGAGGCUCAUCCCGGAUGGGAGCCCAUUGAAUCAGACAGUGAAGACGACGACGACGACGAUGACGAUGAUAAUGACAACGAGGAUAAAGCUGAGCAUAAGCAAAAACUUGAUUGUGAAGAGGAUAAAACGAAGAAAACGAUACACAAGGCGAAAGUUGAAGAUGACGAGUAUAAAACGGAAGAACAGACUUAUUAUAGCAUUGCUCAUACCGUUCAUGAAGUCGUUACUGAGCAAGCCAGUAUUAUGGUGAAUGGAAAACUGAAAGAAUACCAGAUUAAGGGUUUGGAGUGGCUAGUGUCAUUAUUCAACAACAAUUUGAAUGGCAUUCUGGCAGACGAAAUGGGUUUGGGUAAAACAAUUCAAACUAUUGCUCUGGUAACGUAUCUUAUGGAAAAAAAGAAAGUCAACGGUCCAUUCCUCAUUAUUGUUCCAUUAUCGACAUUGUCGAAUUGGGUCCUUGAAUUCGAGAAAUGGGCGCCGAGCGUUGUUGUGGUGUCGUACAAAGGUUCGCCGGCUGGCAGACGAGCGAUACAAUCACAGAUGCGAGCGACGAAAUUCAAUGUUCUGCUGACGACCUACGAAUACGUCAUAAAAGACAAGGGCGUGCUAGCGAAAUUGCAAUGGAAAUACAUGAUCAUUGACGAAGGUCACAGAAUGAAGAAUCAUCAUUGUAAACUCACGCAAGUGCUGAAUACACACUAUCUGGCUCCUCAUCGACUAUUAUUAACCGGUACGCCGUUGCAAAACAAAUUGCCAGAACUGUGGGCUCUGCUGAACUUCUUGCUGCCUUCGAUCUUCAAAUCCUGCAGCACCUUCGAGCAAUGGUUCAACGCUCCUUUCGCGACCACUGGCGAAAAAGUGGAACUCAACGAGGAAGAAACUAUUUUGAUUAUUCGCCGUUUGCACAAAGUCUUGCGGCCCUUCUUGCUGCGGCGUCUGAAGAAAGAAGUGGAAUCACAAUUACCCGACAAAGUGGAAUACAUUAUCAAAUGCGAUAUGUCCGGCCUGCAGAAGGUUCUUUAUAAGCAUAUGCAGAGUAAAGGCGUGCUACUAACUGAUGGAUCAGAAAAGGGAAAGCAAGGCAAGGGUGGCGCCAAAGCUCUUAUGAAUACGAUCGUACAGUUGAGAAAGUUAUGCAAUCAUCCGUUCAUGUUCCAAGCUAUAGAAGAAAAAUACUGCGAACACGUAGGCACACAAGGGUCUGGUGUUAUCACUGGUCCCGAUCUAUUUCGCGCGUCUGGCAAGUUCGAGCUUCUCGAUCGCAUUCUUCCCAAAUUGAAGGCUACUAAUCACAGAGUAUUACUAUUUUGUCAAAUGACCCAGUUAAUGACAAUUAUGGAAGAUUACCUGAGUUGGCGAGGAUUUAUGUACUUGCGAUUGGACGGUACAACGAAAGCGGAGGACAGAGGAGAUCUGUUAAAGAAAUUCAACGAUCCCGGCUCGGAAUAUUUCCUCUUCUUGCUGUCCACGCGUGCUGGCGGUCUUGGUUUGAAUCUCCAAGCCGCCGAUACAGUUAUCAUCUUUGACUCCGAUUGGAAUCCUCAUCAAGAUCUGCAAGCUCAAGACAGAGCGCACAGAAUUGGACAGAAGAACGAAGUGCGUGUACUUCGAUUAAUGACCGUUAACUCGGUUGAAGAGCGAAUAUUAGCAGCAGCUAGAUAUAAGUUAAAUAUGGACGAAAAAGUUAUUCAGGCUGGUAUGUUCGAUCAGAAGUCUACUGGAUCUGAGCGACAGCAGUUCCUUCAGAGUAUCUUGCAUCAAGACGAUGCCGAUGACGAAGAAGAAAACGAAGUGCCCGAUGAUGAGACUGUGAAUCAAAUGAUCGCCAGAACGGAAGGCGAAUUCGAAACAUUCCAGAAAUUGGAUUUAGAGCGGCGGAGAGAGGAGGCUAAAUUGGGUCCAAAUCGCAAAUCGCGAUUACUAGAGGAAGCUGAAUUGCCUGACUGGUUGGUCAAAGAUGACGACGAGGUGGAAAGAUGGACUUACGAGGAAGAUGAAGAUAGAUUCCUUGGAAGAGGUUCAAGACAACGCAAGGAAGUUGAUUACACGGACAGCUUAACCGAGAAAGAGUGGUUGAAGGCGAUUGACGAUGAUGGCGCUGAGUACGAAGAAGAGGAGGAAGACGAUAAGAAGAAAAAGACGCGAAAGCGGAAGAAGAAGGGCGAGGAGGACGAUGAGCCUAUGCCGAAGAAACGAAGGGGUGCCGGAGCUUUGGUCGAUCCUAAACUCAAACGGGCUAUGAAAAAAUUAAUCAUGUUAGUUGUUAAUUACACCGAUAAUAGCGAUGGACGAUUAUUAAGUGAACCUUUCAUGAAAUUACCUUCUCGAAGAGAAUUGCCAGAUUAUUAUGAAAUUAUUAAGAAACCUUUGACUAUUAAUAAGCUGCUGCAGAAAAUCGAGGAAGGCAAAUAUGCCGAUUUAGAUGAGCUUGAGAAGGAUUUUAUGCAGCUUUGCAAGAAUGCUCAAAUUUAUAACGAAGAAGCAUCUCUUAUUCACGAAGACUCGAUAGUGUUACAAUCCGUUUUUACAAAUGCACGUCAGCGCCUUGAAGAGGAAGGUAACAAUUCCGACGGAGACGAUAAAGAUGGCGAAGACGGUUCAGAUGCGGAUUCUAGUGUAAGAAUGAAAAUUAAACUGAAAGGGAGAAAAGGCGAAGGAAGGGGUGGCCGUCGAAAGAGGGUUACCAAAAAAUAUAUAUCCGAUGAUGAUGAUGAUGUUGAUGACAAUUAAAAAAAAUAUAUAUGACAUUGCUAGUAUAAUUAUAUUAUUAGAAUAUAUUUUGUAAAAAAAGAAAGAAUCACUUGUACAAUUUUUAUAUCUUUCUAACUCGGAAAUCUUUGUAACUCGGCAAUUGAGCGAACUAUAAUCAAUAUAAUAAUUUAUUUUGGAAGCAUGGAUGUUGAAAUAUAUGCACAGGCAUAAAUUAUAAAAUAAGAUGUUAUUAAAUUUAGGUAUAUUGAUGUAUUAUAAUAAAAUUCAAUGUUUAUUUUUCAGAAUCAAAAAUUCUCUAAUUUAUUAUCGAAUUGAAAUAAAGUAAUGAGUUUAUUAUUAUUAUUAUAAACUGCAAAAAGUUAAAAAAAUUAUUGUGAAUUAUGCAAUUAUAAUUACACUGAUAUUUGCGACAAAUAUCACGAGACAGUCACAACUCAUCACAACUCUGAUUAGCAACAGCUAAUCAAUAAUCUUUAAAUAUCAAAAAGUGAUCUUUUCUCUAAUAUAAUAUAUAUUCUAAUAAUAUAUUUAAACUUCACACAACAGAAUUUCAACUUCCUGAUUUUUUACGCUAUAGAUUAAGAUAAGUCAUUAUGAAAAAUGUAAUAAAUUUAUUAUAAUUUCUUCACAUUUUUUAGUAGUAACAGAGAAAAUAAUUGUGCAAAUGUGUAAUGAUAAUUGAAAAUUAUUUAUAAAUUAAUUACAGUGUACUGUAUCAGUUGCGUUGAAUAUAAGUAGUUAAUACAUGUAUAAUAAACUUAUGAAAAAAACAG